CUAAAAAUUUUAGAAUAUUAAUGGAAACAUGGACAAGUUCAGGGACUAUGACGAAAUUAGUCUCCGUUUUGUUCCACAAACCGAGUUAAUAAUCAUAAACCCACAAUUCAGCAAUAGGGUUUUUGAUCUACUAAAAUUUGUCACAGCAACCAAACAGAGUUUUAAUUUUUCAUUUUCUCUUCUGACAAAUUACAGAUUCUUUAUAGAAAAAAAGAUGCAGUCUUUUUGCCGGAGUUUAAUUCGGAGGCAAACUCUCACCAGCAGCUCAUAUUUUACUGUUACUCAUUUCAAGUCUGUUGGAGCUUCUUUAGCUAUUAAGAAUAAUGGCAGUAAUUUUCACGGAUUCAAUGGAGUUACGACAUCGAAAGAUCACCUGUUCGGGUCAUUUCACCACUUCAAUUUAAAAAAAUCUGGGACCGGAAUGGAUACUUUGACACUGUCCAGUGGCUGCAACUGUAGAAGUUCUAGUUUGUGUUUCAGGAAGGAUGCGAUACCUCCUUUACCCCGUAGGAACAUGACAACAACAGGAAAUUCUGUCGAGUCAGCGACCACAGUUCCUUCAGCAUCCACCGUGAAUGCUGCCCCCAACAUUAAAUUUAAGAGACUCGAUAAAACUGCCAGGCAUAUAAUGCAGAUUCUAGACAAGGAAGCAGUGCAGGAGGUAAAGACACAGAGGGAGAUACCUGAUAUAAGGCCUGGUUAUAUUGUGCAACUCAAAGUGGAAGUACCUGAAAACAAGAGACGUGUUUCAAUUGUGAAAGGCAUUGUUAUAGCAAGACGUAAUGCUGGACUAAAUACUACAUUUAGAUUAAGGAGGCUCGUGGCAGGGGUUGGAGUCGAAUCUCUCUUCCCAUUGUACUCACCUAACAUAAAGGAAAUAAAGGUGCUGGACAAGAAGAAAGUUAGGAGGGCCAAGCUUUACUAUCUCAGAGACAAGAUGAAUGCACUUAAGAAACAGUAGCAGGCUUUGUAGUGUGAUUUUGGUUAUUAGUUCCUUGAGAAUAAUAGUUAGAUCAAGCUGGUGGGAAAAGUGAGAACUACUUGCAUUCUUUUCUUUUUUUUCCUUUAAUGUUAUUUUUAAGUUUUCAUUUCAAAUCUUCUUUGUGCUUUACUGCAAAAUUGUGAGAAGUAGGAUAUGAUAAUAUGUGAAGCUCCCAGUGGCAUGUCAUGUAUGACGAGCUGUAAUACAGCUAUGCCCUCAUGGUAAAGGAUUCCAUGCACAUUAGUUAUGCUGUAUUGAAUGAUGUAAUGUUACCUGCAGAACUUCUUUAUAAGACAUAUUAUGUGCAAAUUUCUAGCAA